AGUGACAGAGCUGUGGCAGGAGCAGAGAACUUCACCCAUCUCGGUGUCUCCAGCUGACUCACAUGUGCCAUGUCCCAGCAACUGCUCCUUGCACUUGUGAUCCUUGCUCUCAGUCCUAGCCAAGAAGAGCCUGAAGAUCUGGACUGCGGUCGCCCUGAGCCCUCUGACCGCAUCACGGGGGGUUCAGAUGCGCAGCCUGGCACCUGGCCGUGGCAGGUGAGCCUGCAUCACAGGGGUGGGCACGUCUGCGGGGGCUCCCUCAUCGCCCCUUCCUGGAUCCUCUCCGCUGCUCACUGUUUAGUGGAAAACGGGACGUUGGAGCCCGCGGUCAGGUGGUCGGUACUGCUGGGCGUGCACUCUCAGGAAGGGUCCCUGAACAGCGAGCACAUCCGCGCAGUGGCCGCCAUCCUGGUGCCGGAGAACUACAGCAGAGUGAAACUGGGCGCCGACUUAGCCCUACUGCGCCUGGCCUCACCUGCCAGGCUGAGCGCUGCUGUGCAGCCCGUCUGCCUGCCCCGCGCCUCUCACCGCUUCGCUCCUGGCACUGUCUGCUGGGCCACCGGCUGGGGGGACAUCCAGGAGGCGGACCCCCUGCCUCUCCCCUGGGUGCUACAAGAAGUAGAACUAAGGCUGCUGGGAGAGGCCACCUGUCAGUGUCUCUACAGUCAACCUGGCCCCUUCAACCUCACUUUCCAGCUAUUGCCAGGGAUGCUGUGUGCUGGCUACCCGGAGGGCCACAGGGACACCUGCCAGGGAGAUUCUGGGGGGCCCCUGGUCUGUGAGGAAGGUGGCCGAUGGUUCCAGGCAGGAAUCACCAGCUUUGGCUUUGGCUGUGGAAGGAGGAACCACCCUGGAGUCUUCACUGCUGUGGCUCCCUAUGAGGCAUGGAUACGGGAACAGGUGAUGGGCUCAGCGCCUGGGCCUGCCUUUCCCACCCAGUCCCAGGAGCCCCAGUCAGACUCCUGGGAGCCCACAAAUGAGAACUGUACCAUCGCCCUGCCAGAGUGCGGUAAGGCCCCACAGCCAGGAAACUGGCCCUGGGAGGCCCAGGUGAUGGUCCCAGGAUCCAGACCCUGCCAUGGGGUGCUGGUGUCUGAAAGCUGGGUCUUGGCACCUGCCAGCUGCUUUCUGGACUCAGACCGCCUGCCCCGUGACCUGGACAACUGGCGCGUCCUGCGGCCCUCACGCCCGCGCACUGAGCAGGUGGCGCGCCUCGUGCCGCACGAGAAUGCCUCAUGGGACGACGCGUCGGACCUGGCGCUGCUGGAGCUGCGCGGGCCCGUGAACCUGAGCGUGGCCCCGCGGCCAGUGUGCCUACCCUACUCGGAACACUAUUUUCUGCCCGGAAGCCGCUGCCGCCUGGCGCGCUGGGGCCGCGGGGACCCCGCGCCGGGCCCCAACUCGCUGCUGGAGGCGGAGCUGUUUGGAGGCUGGUGGUGCCACUACCUGUAUGGCCGCCAGGGAGCGUCAGUGCCGUCUCCAGGAGACCCACCACAGUCGCUCUGCACUGCCUACCAGGAAGAGGAGGAGGCGGGCCGCUGCUGGAACUACUCUCACUGGAGUCUUCUGUGCCAGGAGGAGGGGACCUGGUUCCUGGCUGGAAUCAGAGACUUAUCUAGUGACUGCCUGCGUCCCAGAGCCUUCCACUCACUGCACACCCACAGCCCAUGGAUCAGCCAUGUGACUCGGGGAGCCUACCUGGAAGACCAGCUGGCUUGGGACUGGAGCCCUGAGGGGGAGGAGACUGAGACACAGAUUUGUCCCCCCUCAACAGAAUAUGGUGCCUGUAGCCUGCAGCAAGAGCCUGCUCCUUCAGGGGUCCUGUGGCCCUGGCUCGCCGAGGUGCAUGUGGCUGGAUAUCGAGUCUGCACUGGGAUCCUUGUGGCCCCAGGCUGGGUCCUGGCAGCCACUCACUGUGUCCUCAGGCCAGGCUCUACAACAGUGCCUUAUUUUGAAGUGUACCUGGGCAGGGCAGGGACCAGCCCCCUUCCACAGGCCCACCAGGUAUCCCGUUUGGUCAUCAGCAUCCGCCUGCCCCAGCAUCUGGGACUUCGGCCCCCACUGGCCCUCCGGGAGCUGAGCUCCCAGGUAGAGCCCUCCCCAUCAGCCUUACCCAUCUGCCUUCACCCAGGGGGUAUCCCCCUGGGGACCAGCUGCUGGGUGCUGGGCUGGAAGGAUCCCCAGGACCGAGUCCCUCUGGCUGCUGCUGUCUCCAUCUUGACACCAAGACUCUGUCACUGCCUCUAUCAGGGCAUUCUGCCCCCUGGGACUCUCUGUGUUCUGUAUGCAGAGGGGCAGGAGGACAGGUGUGAGGUGACCUCAGCACCUCCACUCUUGUGCCAGACUCAGGGAGGCUCCUGGGUCCUCACAGGCAUGGCUGUUCGAGGAAGCCGGGAGCCAUUUGCCGCUAUUGUCCCCGAAGAGGCCUGGAUCUCCCAGACAGUGGGGGAGGCCCGUUUCCUGCCGCCCAGUGGCUAUCCCCAAUGGCCCUUUGAAAGCAGUGACCUCUGCCCCCCAGACAUGGCCAGAGCCUCAGGCUCUCCUCGAGUUUCUCUGUAUCUGCUGCUCCUGACCCUGAUCCAGGGUUGAGGGGGCCUGGGUCCCUGGGCCACCUGUACUCCUCCCCACCCCUCCUGCCUUCCACUUCAUGCCCAGCAGGGCUGGAAUGUGACCCAACCAGCUCUGCUGCUUUGCCCGAACCUCCAAAAUACCCCACCCUCCUGGGCUGCAGCGGCUUCAAAUAAUUGGGCCUCAGUGCCCAGCUAUUCUGGGCCCUGGAAUCCUUGGGGGCAGAGCAAGCGGACAAUAAAGGUGUAAACACGGA